CCCGCAGCCCCGGCCCCCCGGGACCCCCGGGACCUCCGGGCCCUCCGGGCCCCCCGGGGCCCCCGGGGCUCUGGGCGCGGAUGUGGCAGCUGGAGGCGGAGCUGCGGGAGCAGGAGGUGUCGGAGAGCUCCUCACGAGGCUACUGCCGGACCUUCUGUCAGACGCUGUUGCAGUACGCGGGCAACAGGGCUACAUCGGAGCACGCCGGGCCGCCGCUGCUGGAAGUUUACCGACUGGCCAUCCAGAGCUUCGCCAGCGCCCGGCCGUUUCUGACCACCGAGUGCGAAGAUGUCCUCCUGGUGCUCGGCAGGCUGGUUCUAAGUUGCUUUGAGCUGCUGCUCUCGGUGCCGGAGAGUGACCUGCCCGGUGAAGUGUGGGUGUCCUUUCACCAGACCAUACAGGACUCCCAUGACGCCUUGCUGGAAUUUGGGAAUAACAACCUCCAGGUAUUGGUGGACAUCACCAAAGAAGGCGUGUGGAAGAACCCGACCCUUCUGAAAGUCCUCUCUCAGCAGCCGGUAGACCCGGAGGACGCCAGUAGGUGGAUGGCUCUGGAGGGCCCGUUCUUCCUGCAGAUGCGAAUCAAACACUUGCUCAAGUCCAACUGCAUCCCCCAGGCAACCGCCCUGUCCAGGCUCUGCGCCGAGUCCCAGGACUUCGCUGGCACGGCCUCUUUCCGCCUGGCCUACAUCACCUGUCUGUGCUCCCUGCUCCCCAGCGAAGAGGCCAUCAAGGAGAUUGCAAAGUUGGACUGCAAGGAAGUACUAGACAUCACAUGUAAUCUGGAGUCUGAGGGUCAGGAUAACACAGCAUUUAUUCUUUGUACGACUUACCUUACGCAGCAGCUGCAAACUGCAAGUGUGUAUUGCUCUUGGGAGCUGACUCUGUUUUGGAGUAAGCUGCAGAGAAGGAUCGAUCCUUCUUUAGACACGUUCUUGGAACGGUGUCGUCAGUUUGGGGUCAUCGCCAAGACCCAGCAGCACCUCUUCUGCCUAAUCAGGGUCGCCCAGGCUGAGGCAGAAGGAGCCGGGCUGGGCGUGUCGGUGCUGCUGUGCGUGCGGGCCCUCCAGAUCCGGACCGGCGAGGACGACGAGAUGAAGGCGUCGGUGUGCAAGACCAUCAGCUGCCUCCUGCCCGACGACCUGGAGGUGCGGCGGGCCUGCCAGCUGACCGAGUUCCUCCUGGAGCCCAGCCCGGAGGGCUUCGGCCUGCUGGAGGAGCUGUACCUGCAGCCCGACCAGAAGUUCGACGAGGAGAACGCCCCCGUGCCCAACUCCCUGCGCUGCGAGCUGCUGCUGGCCCUCAAGGCCCACUGGCCCUUCGACCCGGAGUUCUGGGACUGGAAGACCCUGAAGCGCCACUGCCACCAGCUGCUGGGCCAGGCGGCCUCGGACUCGGACGGCGACCUGAGCGGCUACGAGCUGUCCCUGCACGAGACGGACGUCCUGGAGUCGUUCCUGAGCGACUACGACGAGGCCAAGGAGGACAAGGCCUGCCGGCGGCCGGACGCGGCGGAGCCGCUCAAGGAGAAGCCGCGGGACAAGAAGCCCAUCGGCUCGUCGGAGCGCUACCAGCGCUGGCUGCAGUACAAGUUCUUCUGCGCGCUGUGCAAGCGGGAGUGCAUCGAGGCCCGCAUCCUGCACCACUCCAAGAUGCACAUGGAGGACGGCGUCUACACCUGCCCCGUCUGCCUGCGCAAGUUCAAGAAGAAGGAGUUCUUCGUGCCCCACGUCAUGGAGCACGUCAAGAUGCCCCCGAGCCGGCGGGACCGGCCGAGGAAGAAGCAGCAGCAGCAGCAGCAGCAGCAGCAGCAGCAGCAGCAGCAGCAGCAGCAGCAGCAGCUGCUGGCGGAAGGGGCCGCCGGGGACCCCCACGACUACGUCACCUUCCGCAACCUGGAGGCCUGCCGGCUGCAGGACCGCGACCUGUACCCGUGCCCGGGCACGGACUGCUCGCGGGUCUUCAAGCAGUUCAAGUACCUGAGCGUGCACCUGAAGGCCGAGCACCAGAACGACGACGCCAACGCCCGGCACUACCUGGACAUGAAGAACCGCCGGGAGAAGUGCGCCUUCUGCCGCCGCCACUUCAUGACGGCCUUCCACCUGCGGCAGCACGAGCAGGUGCACCGCGGGCCGCAGCCCUACCUCUGCGUCUCCAUCGGCUGCUCGGCCCGCUUCUCCUCCGUCAACGAGCUGCUGCACCACAAGCAGAAGCACGACGACCUGCGCUACCGCUGCGAGCUGCGGGGCUGCGGCGUCGUCUCCAGCGACCUGGGCCAGCUGUACCACCACGAGGCCCAGCACUUCCGGGACGCCUCCUACACCUGCACCGUCGCCGGCUGCAAGAAGUUCUACUACUCCAGGGCCGAGUUCCGGGACCACCUCUCGGCCCACGCCGCCCCCGCCCCGCCGGCCGGGCUCUCCAACGGCGGGCCGGCGUCCCCGCCCCCCGCCGCCGCGGGGGGCCCGGGGGGCCGGUCGCCGCCGGGCUGCCCGGGGAAGCCGCCCCCCGCCGAGGACCCGCCGUCGGGCGAGGGGGCGGCCGGCGCCCCGCCGGAGCCGGGGGAGGCCGCCGCCUCCGCCGCCGCCGCCGCCGCCGCCGCCGCCGCGGCCUGCGACCCCGGCCGGCUGAGCCCCAGCUCGUCCACCUCCGGGAACGAAGGGGACCCGGAGCCCUCCCCGGCGGAGGGGGGCGCGGCCGUCUGCUUCGACGGGAAGAGGUUCACCUGCGGCCUGGCGGGCUGCGGCUCGGUGUACAAGAACGCCCGCGGGAUGCAGCGGCACCUGCGCAAGGCCCACCCUUACCACUUCAAGCCCAAGAAGCGGCCGGGCGGGCGGCCGGGGGAGCCCCCCCGGGUCCCCGACCCCCGCCGGGCCGCCGGGCCGCCCGACGCCCGGGACGCCCUCUCCGACAGCGGCGGCGAGUCCCCGGACGAGAGCCCGGAGCGGGUCGCCCCCGCGGCCCGGCGGCUCGGCCCGGGGGGCUGCCGCCCGGGGCCCGAGGACACCAUGCUGGAGCUCAUGCUGGGCCUGAAGCACCUCAGCCUGCAGAACGCCAACUCGCGCCUCCCGGAGCCCCCGGCCGAAGCGGGGGCGCCGCCGGCCUCCCCCGAGGCCGACGCCGAGCCGGGGCAGCCCGACGACGGCCCGGGCGGGGAGGCCGUGUCCAGCCAGUACCUGGCCCAGUUGGCGGCCAAGCCCUUCUUCUGCGAGCUGCAGGGCUGCAAGUUCGAGUUCGUGACCCGGGAGGCCCUGCUGAUGCAUUACGUCCGGAAGCACAACUAUUCCCGGGAGCAGGUCCUCCAGCUGAGCAUGUUCCAGCACCGCUACUCCCCCUUCCAGUGCCACAUCUGCCAAAGAUCCUUCACCCGGAAGACCCACCUGCGCAUCCACUACAAGAACAAGCACCAGAUCAGCAGCGACCGGGCCCCCCUCAAGCUGUUCGGCAAGAAGACGGUCGGCCAGGCCGGCCCGGUCCCCGGCGGGAGGUUGAAAGGCCGGGCCCCGGGGCCGGCGGCCUUCUGCCCCAACGGCGCCGACCGGGGCGGCUCGGAGACGGACCCGGAGUCCUCCGGCGAGGAGCCCGGGGGCGCCCCGCGGGAGGGCCGGGGCAGCCGCCGGACGGUGGCCCGGGGCAACCUGUGCUACGUCCUCAGCAAGAUCCAGAAGCCGUUCCGCUGCAUCCACAAGAGCUGCACCUCGGCCUUCACCAGCCUCAAGGGCCUGAUCCGCCACUACCGCACCGUGCACCGCUACAGCCGCGAGCAGGUGUGCCUGGAGAAGGACAAGGCCCGGCGCAAGAGGGAGCUGGUCAAGUUCAAGAAGGUCUUCGUCUGCAAGUUCAAGGAGUGCAGCAAGCGCUUCCUGGGCGCCAAGGCCCUCGCCAAGCACUGCAGCGACUGCCACCACCUGGACCAGCUGGAGGAGGCCGAGGCCGAGGACGUCCCGCGCCACCCCUGCGGCCGGCCCCAGUGCCCGGCCGCCUGCCACUCGCCCGGCAAGCUGCGGCAGCCGCAGCAGCAGCAGCGGACGGAGCCGCGCGGGACCGGCGGGUCCGACUGGGAGAUCCACUGCGACCUGGACGGCUGCGGCCGCGUCUUCUCCCACCGCAGCGGCUACUCGCAGCACGUCUUCUUCCGCCACAGGGACUUCUACGACGGCCUCUUCCGCAGCCCCAAGGCGGAGCCGGGGGCCCUCCCCGGGACCGAGGCGGGCUUCCCGGGCGAGGACCCCGAGGGCGGGCAGAGGCCGCCGCCGCCGCCGCCGGGGGCCAGGAGCCGCAAGUGCGGCUCGGUCAGAGAGAAGCAGCCCAUGGCCUUCAAGACCAGGGAGGAGGCCCUGGGCAUGUGCCUGGAGCAGGCGGAGCACACGCAGUACCCCUGCAUGGUGCGGGGCUGCCUGUCCGUGGUCAAGCUGGAGAGCAGCAUCGUCCGGCACUACAAGCGCACCCACCAGAUGAGCUGCGCCUUCCUGGAGCAGGAGCUGCAGAAGCUGGUGCUCUGCGUGGAGUACGGCACGAGGCUCCCGCCCCCGCCCCCCCCGGACCCCAGCCCGCGGGCCGGGGACCGGGACGGUGAGGGUGAGGAGGUGGGCGGCAAGGAGGAGGAGGAGGAGGAGGAAGAGGAGGACGAGGAGGACGAGGAGGACGACGAAGAGGAGCACGACGAAGACGGGGAGGAACCGGGAGGGGAGGUGGCGACGGCGACGGCGGCAGGCGAAAGCAGAGACUGUGCAGCGGGAAGGACCGGGGUGCCCGGCGUCGCGGCGGGAGGCCGGGCGCCUUCCCUCGCCGCCCCGGAGGUGGGGGGCCGGGGGCGGGCUGCAGGCACCCCGCUGCUGGGGGCCGAGACUUUCCUAUACCGGGGCAUGGCGGGGGCCGCCCAGGCGGCGGGGGCGGGGGCCCCCGAGCCCAGCCUUUGGAAGGCGGAGCAGUCGGUCCUCGGGGCCGCCCAGAGCCGGGCGGGCUUCGCCGACCUCCCGCCGCCCCCGCCCGGCAGGAGGGACCCCGGGGAUUGGCGGCCGAGCGCCGGACCGGACCCCGCGGCCAGAGUCCUAGACCGCGUCCCCAGAGAGCCGCCGGUCCGCAAGGCCCCGCCGCCCCGCCCCAUCGACCUGAGGACCUAUAAGCCGAUGGGCUUCGAAUCUUCCUUCCUCAAGUUCAUUCAGGAGAGUGAGGAGAAGGAGGACGAUUGGGACGAGUGGGAACCCCCGGAGCCCGGGUCCCCGUCUGGCAGCGGAGGGGCGGAGGAGAGCCCCGGCGAGGCGGAGGAGAGCCCCGGCGGAGCGGAGGGGAGCCCCGGCGGGGCGGCGGGGAGCCCCGGCGGGGCGGUGGGGAGCCCCGGCGGGGCGGCGGGGAGCCCCGGUGUAGCCGGGGAAGCCCCCCGCGAUGCCAGCUUACCUCAGGCGCCGGCCGAGCCUGCCCCCGGCGACAGGCCGACCGCCGACUCGCCGGGCGGCCCUUCCCUGCAGGACCUGCAGGCCAUCCUGGACAAGGCCCUGACGGACUGCGGCGAGCUGGCCUUGAAGCAGCUGCACUACUUGCGGCCAGUGGUGGUCCUGGAGAGGCCCAAGUUCUCCGCCCCUCUCUUAGACCUGUUCCCUCCCAAGAAGGCCGACGAGCUGUGCGUUGGGAGCUCCUGAGGCCCCCCCCCACCCCCGCCCCCCGCCCGGGGCAGGGAACGAGGCCGGAUCCGGGUCCGCUCCGGGGGGCCCGAGCCGCCGCCGCCGCCCACCCCCACCCGGGGCCCGGAUCGGGCCCGGGAAGCUUAGGCUGUUGGGUCGCCGGGACGGAUGUGAUCUCGGCCGGUGGUACCGGCCCUGGGCGUCAGCCCCCCCUCCGUCGGUUGGUUUUUGCGUUUGGGUUUCUUUCGUUGGUUUGUUUUUCUCCUUCCUUUUUAAAAGAAAAUUGGAACUGUGGUCUGUUUGGUGCUAAUGAAUACAUCGACAUACUGGGGCUUCCUUUUCCGAUUCCGUGUGCAUGAUUGUAUAUGAAACCGACCCCGCGUGGCGGUCCCAGGGGGAGGGUGGAGGAAGGAGGGGUGGACAGUUCUUACUUGACUUGAAUGUGCGCUGCAGAGCGCUUCAUGUAAUAUAUUGUACACUACAGCAUCUUCUAUUUUUUGAGUUAUGAGUUUCAAUAAAU